UUCACCUAAACUGACAGGCUGGACAAGGAGAGAAUUAAUCAAAGAAGCAGCCAAUAGAUCCAUGGUAACUCUGGAGGAACUACAGCUCAGGUGGCAGAAUCUGUCCACAGGACAACUAUUUAGUUGUACACUCCACACAUCUGGACAGAAGAAAGCCAGAAGAAUAAUCUGAGAAGAAGUACUGUUUGCCACAAACGAAGCAGGAGACACAGCAAACAGGAAGGAGCUCCGUUCAGAUGAGAUCAAAACUAAACUUUUUGGCCAAUAUGCAACAUGGUACAUGUAGCAGAACACAUCACCCUGAGCACACAGUUGCAUCUCUACAGUGAAACAAGGUGGUGGCAGCAUCAUGCUGUGGGGAUGCUUUUCUUCAGCAGGCACAGGGAAGCUGGUCAGAGCUGAUGAGAAGAUGGAUGGAGCUAAAUUCAGGACAAUCCUGGAAGAAAACCUGCAGAAGACCUGAGGUUAGGGUGGAGGUUCACCUUCCAGCAGGAGAACCACCCUAAACAUCCAGCCAGAGAUACGAUGGAUGGUUUAGAUCCAAGCAGAUUCAUGGGUUAGAAUGGCUUAAUUAAAGUCCAGACAAAGAUCCAAAACUGAUGUUCACAGAUGUUCUUCAUCCAACCUGACUGAACCUGAGCUGCUUUAUAAAGAAUGGGACAAGAUUUCAAUCUGUAGUUUAAAGCUGACAUCCCCACCUGAAUUUGGACCUGCUGUCAAAGGUGAUUCUAAAAGGUUCUGACUCAGGGAUCUGAAUAUAGAAUGUACACCUUACCUUUUUUUUGUAAAAAUGCUGAAAAAUGUGAAUCAUUUUCAUUUCACUUCAUAACUAGUUUCUGUUGGUUUGUGACAUAAAAUCUGAGGAAAAUACAUUCAGGUUUUUAGCUGUAAAGAGACAAUAUGUGAAAGAGUUAAAGAAGUGGUCAUACUUCUAAAGGUUCAGCAUUUACAACAUGGACAAUAUUCUGUCAGUCUCUACGCACAACCACAUGUUCAGUUAUAUUACUGAUUGCUGAAUGAUUUUUUAUUUUCACUAAUUUUGCUGUUCAAAUGUCGAGCAGCUUAUACUUAAACUGGCCUCUCAGAAUUAGGCCUCAUUCAGGUUACUGAGGAACCAAAUUGUGGGAGUUGGUGACAAAUGAAGCAGAGGCUCCAGCAGCUCCUGUGGCGCCCAGGCAGCAGCCUAUCGCAGCCGGCCUCAAACCAUCUAAUGAUGGACCGGAGGCGGGGGCAGCGAGGAGAGCGCUGAAGCUUCACUUCCCAAAGUCAGCAGUCUGAGAAGGGAUCUACCCCCGACCUGAGCGACACUUUUUACGCACGCUUCAACCAGGUGAAAUCUGACCUACAAGAAACAGACCAACUCCUGUUUUGCUUCGCUUCUCGUUGAGGUUUCAGGAAAGUCCGGUCUCAGUCAGUUUCAGGUGGAAAUGUUGCACUGAGAUAAAAUCCAACCGUCCGGAACCAGGAGAAACGCCUUGGAGUGUUGCGUCCUGUUUAACUCAAGGAGCUCAGAAGGAGGAGAUUCCACAGAACUUGAUGAUCACUCAGAACCAAGUCGGAGGGAGGCCCUGCUGAGGAGAUUCAGCCCGGAAUGAACCGGGUCGGCGUUGCGCCGAGUUGUGCGUAAAAUCCGCCGCGCACCGGACAGGAAGCGAACUAAUUAUAAUCAAAUCCUCAUUUCAAUAUCUGCUGUGAGCUUGAUGGACUGCAGCCAAUCACCCACCGAAGGGCAGCUGCAGUCGUAAAAAGGAUGAUCCCCCCUCCAUCAUAAUUAUACUGACAUGCGCAAUCUGCACCUCAGCAGCAGCCGCCGAGCGCGCAGCCUAUUUCACCGACCCCGCUGCCCAUGAAGGGUGCCAGUCUCAGCUCGUAGAUGAUCCGGCGGGAGGCGGCGAACACCUCAGCAUGUCUCGCCGAAAGCAAGCCAAGCCGCAGCAGCUCCGCUCAGAGGAGGAGGAGGCGGAGGAGGAAGAGGCGAGCCGGAGCGCAGCGCGGUGCAGGAGGGGAGCUGUUGGUGCAGCUGUGGAGUCCGGCCCAGGAUGCAGCAGCAGUGACGAAACACACAUAUGUGCCAAAUGUUGUGCUCAAUUCUUCACUUGGACUGAACUGAAUAAGCAUCAGAGAGUCUGCACCGAGGAUCCCCUGGUGCUCAUUGUGAACGACAGUCUUCCUGAGGAGUCUCCAGACGAGCCCUCUCCUGUUCCCAGCGUAGCGUUCAGCGACAACUCUGUAGCUGAGUCCAUGGACGCCAUCUUUGAGCUGACCAAUGACAAUGACAGUCUGGAUAAUUUAGAAGAACACAGGGAGUGGGAUGAAGGGAUGGAGCUAGAGGAUUUCCCACAAACAACUUCUAGCCCCCCACCUCCAGACUCAGUAGAGUCCAUGUCCUCUCAGAUGUCUGUGGCCGGCAGCUACAGAAUGCCGAGCACGAACGUUACGUUGGAGAUCCUCCACAGCACCAGGGUGGCCGUGGCCCAGUUCUCCCAGGGAAUCAAGAACGGUCUUGGCGGUAAGGCAGCCACAGCAGCCAUCCCAGUGAUCCUGGAGCACCUGCUGGCUCUGCAGCAGCAACAGGUCCACCAGCUGCAGCUCAUCGAGCAGAUCUGCAACCAGGUCGCUGUCAUGAACCGCCAGCCAACACAAGCAGCAUUAAACCCAGCAUCCAGGUCUGUGGUUCUGGCCUCUAACCCAGGAAUCAUCCCUCCUCCCAUCCUGCCUCUUUCGGGAACAAUGCCCUCCACCAUUAAUGGACAGGCUGCCGUGUCUUUGCCCUCAGUGCUUGAGAAGCCACAAAGUCUCCCCUCACAAAUUUUCUAUGGAAAGUCCACAUUUACCUCUGCGUCACCAGAAAACUCCACCUCACCCCUCUGCAGCAGCAGCAUCUCCACGCUGCUGCCUCCCUACACCAGCUCAAACAGUAUUAGCAGCUGCCAGGCUCUGAGCUCCUCCACCUCUCUCCCCCUGCCACAAACCAACUUCCUCAACUCUUCCUCCAGCCUGCCGUUUCUACCUCAGAGCCCCCCAAGCGGCGUAAUUUUCCCCAAUCCUCUGGCUAGCAUCGCAGCCACAGCCAAUGCACUUGACCCCCUGGCAGCCCUGAUGAAGCAGCGGAAAGGCAAACUUCCCAACGUGUCUCUUUUUGAAACAAAGCCCAGCCCAGAAGAACCCUUCUUCAAGCAUAAAUGCCGCUUCUGUGCCAAAGUGUUCGGCAGCGACAGCGCCCUGCAGAUCCACCUGCGCUCGCACACGGGCGAGCGGCCCUUCAAGUGCAACAUCUGCGGCAACCGCUUCUCCACCAAGGGCAACCUGAAGGUGCACUUCCAGAGACAUAAAGACAAGUAUCCUCAUGUCCAGAUGAACCCAUUCCCGGUGCCAGAGUAUCUGGAUAAUGUGCCAACAAGCUCUGGGAUUCCCUACGGUAUGUCGGUCCCUCCAGAAAAACCUGUCUCCUCGUGGUUGGACAGUAAGCCGGUUGUAGCAACCCUUCCUGCUGCUGUAGCUCUCCCGUUUUCCUCCACUGUUCCCAGAAUCGGAGGCUCUAAUGACCCAGGAAGUGUAACAGCAUCAGUUAAGUCUCCCUACCAGGCAGCUCCUGGUGAAUGUGUGUCUGAUCCACCAAACCACCGAGGCAGUGAGGCAGCUUUUUCUCCUGUUUCAGAGACUGAAGCCUCCAAAAUACUGGAAACAGAUGAGGCACAGCUACCUCAAAGCUGCACCCUGUCUCUGAGAGCUGACCCUGUCAAUGAGACACCCAGCCGGGUCAUCACACCAGAACCCAACACGUCAACAUCCCCGGCCUCCAGCUCUCCACCUGUCAUACACCUCACAGAUUCUCUGCAAACAUCUGAAACCUCGAAGCUUCAGCAGCUGGUGGAGAACAUCGACAAAAAGAUCACAGACUCCAACCAGUGCAUCUUGUGCCACCGUGUCCUCAGCUGUCAGAGCGCGCUCAAGAUGCACUACCGCACCCACACGGGCGAGAGGCCCUUCAAGUGCAAAGUGUGCGGCCGGGCUUUCACCACCAAAGGGAACCUGAAGACCCACGUGGCCGUUCACACAGAAAGCCCUCCGGUUCAGGUCCAGCACUCAUGCCCGAUCUGUCAGGAGAAGUUCAACAACGCCGUGGCUCUGCAGCAGCACAUCCGUCUGCACAUGGUUGGCCAGAUUUCAGACUUGGCCACGAUGGACAGACGUCAGGAGACUGACAAAUUCAAGAGUCUCAGCAGUAAUGGCAAUGAGCUCACUGAUGACAUCUCCAUGAAGGAUGAAGACGAGAAGGAGGAGGAGGAGGUAGAAAACAUAGAGGAUGAUGUUAAUCCAAUGAAACCCUUCGUCUCUGACUGCAGAUCUCCUCCAAAGUCUGUAUCAUCAGGUGAAUCAGCUCUGCAGAACCAAAUGAAGAUGACUGACGCCUCAGUGGGUCUGAACCACAGCUUCGCUGUUAAACCUCUUUCAGAUGGACUCAAAGACAGCAGCCACCUGAGUGCUGAUGGUGUUCUAUCAGAGCAAACAGUGGAGAACAGCUGCAACAACAGUCCUCAUGUGUCAGAAUCCUCCUGUUCUCCUCAUGCAGCAGCAUCUCCUCUACAAAGUGUCUCUGAAGGCCUGGCAGUCAAACCCCUAACAGCUGACAACAACAAGCUGGAAAACCAGGAGCUUCUGGCUGCUUCAGUGAAGAGAGAGCAGUCACAGUCUCCAACAUCAGCACCAGCAUCUGCACAUGAUCCAAGCAAAGCCUUUGUGAAGGAGGAGAGUCCUUACAGCGUGUCCUUCCAGCUGAGUCGAGACAGAGCUGCAGAUCAGAGCAUCUCCAGCCUGAUCACAUAUUCUUCAUCCAGCUCCAUCAAAGCUGAAGUGACCGGGCAAGGUCAGCUGAUUGGCAUGAUGGAGAGGCAGCAGCCGCCGCCUUUCAGCGUACUCGCCUCGGCAGCUUACCUGACCGCCGGCAGCCCUGGCAUGACCUCUCUGCUCGGCACCACACCUCCCAGACGAACGCCGAAACAGCACAACUGCAACGUCUGUGGGAAGAACUUCUCAUCGGCCAGCGCCCUGCAGAUCCAUGAGCGUACACACACUGGAGAGAAGCCGUUCGUCUGCUCCGUCUGUGGGAGAGCGUUCACCACUAAGGGCAACCUGAAGGUUCAUAUGGGAACCCACAUGUGGACCAACGCCCCUGCCAGGAGGGGUCGGCGGCUCUCCGUGGAGAACCCCAUGGCCCUGCUGGGUGGAGAGGCCCUGAAGUUUGGGGACAUGUUCCAGAAAGACCAGACGACCCGAGCCGUGAACGUGGACCCUGGAUUCUGGAAUCGUUACGCCACAGCGAUCACUAGCAGCCUGGCCAUGAAGACUAAUGAGAUCUCCGUGAUCCAGAACAGAAGCAUCGCUCAGCUUCACCCUCUGAGCGUCAUGAGCGCUGCCACUGGGCCAAUUACCAGCCUCAACAAGACCGGAAUGGACUUGGGAGGCAACCGGCAUUUUUCAAUGCUCAUUGAUGACGGCAAAGAAAUUGGAAUCAAUUAAAAAUAAACUGAGUGCUGAAAAACUUCUUAUGCAAAUUAUGAUAAACAUUAAAAUAUUUGCAAGGCAUCUUUAAAAGACUUGGUACAUUUCAGAGAACAAUGUGCUGCAGUCCUGUGUGAAGGUUUUCUACGCAGUAAAAUGUUCAGUUGUUCAGGGCUGCACACUGCUGCUGCAGCUGGCUCCUGCAAAUCACACAAUACACUGAAACUCCAACACUACCUGCAGAACAUCUGUUGUCUACGUUCUAAUGAGACUGUGUUGCUCUCAGCAUCUGAACUGAAUAAAAACUUGAACACAUUG